UGUUCAUAUGUCCAUGUUYUCUACAUUAUUUAUUUUAUUCUUUGGCUCUUUGUUCAUGUCACCGAACAUGGAAUCAUUAUCAAAUUUUAGAAAGGAAAUCAGUCAAAUCACAAUAAUUAAUAAUUAUGACAAAAUAUGCAGUGAUAUGUGAUAACAAGAGAUAUUUUAGAGCUUUUGAGCAUCAACAAGUGAUGAAACAUGAAACAAAAUACAAAUAAACAAUAGUCGAAUUGUCAAAUGUUGAUAGUGAAUAGACGUAUAGUGUAUUAGUGUUAAGUAAUACGAAUUGUACUUGAUUUUUCAACGUUUGUGGUUCGUGGAUGACAACUGUUUUAGAAACUAAUCUGGUACAAAUUUCUAUCAAAUAUCGAUUUUAACAUGCAGAGAUUGAAGAAAACAGCAUGUCCACUGGUUCAUUGAUUGUAUUACUAUCAUAUAAACGAUUAUUAUUCAUCAUUGAUGAACGAUUCCGGAUCGACUAGUCCAUUCGACAAUGGAUGUUUGUCCUAUUACUUUGAUGAUUUGUCAAUCAUUGACCGAGAAACUAUUGCAGAAGACCUCAGCGAUACAAUUGAUUCAGAUGACAGUAGUUGCUCUAGGACAGCAUGUUCGUCCAUAUUUGGCUCGGGUCCAGACGAAUUGGAAUCAGAAAUAUCUUUAUUUUCAUCAUGCAGUGGCAGUAUAACAAAAUCUAAUGAAUGUCUUAUUGACAUUGAUACAUCAAUUGAUUCCACUUGUCUGAAUAUUGGGAAAACAUCUGAAUGCUGUUUAUUGACAAUUGGAAAAUCUAUUCAAAAAAAUAACUAUAUUGGAGUUAAAUCUUUUGAUCGUAUAAGUACCAGAACAAUUGAUAAUGAAGACAAAAUAGCCGGUAGUACGGCUCUAAUUUUAAAUUGUAGACCAACUCAAAUCCCAGCCAAACUACCUAAAGAACAAUUAGAACAUGAGAAAUUGUAUGAGGAAAUUUUACGAAAUGCAAAGAAAAAUGAAUCUGAAAGAGCAAAAAAACAUAAAGAACAUUUAAAACAAAAAUUACAAAAUGAAGAACGAUUAGCAAAUGUAACAAAAAUAUGGACUCAAGAAAUAAUUCCACAUUGGCAUAAAAUGUGUCAUACAAAAAGAUGUCGUGAUCUUUGGUGGAAUGGUUUGCCUUCAAGUGUACGUGGUAAAGUUUGGUGUUUAGCCAUCGGCAAUGAUUUGCUUAUCAAUGAAGAAUUAUAUAAAAGUUGUGUUUCAAAUUCAUUUAAUAAAUUGAAAGACUCAGAAGCUGCUAUGGAUUGCCUGGAAUACAUACAUUUAGAUAUUACGCGUACAUUUCCUCACUUGGGGAUUUUUCAACAAGGUGGACCAUACUUUAACGUAUUAAAACGUAUUCUUAGUGCCUAUGUUUGUCUCCGGCCUGAUAUUGGUUACAUUCAGGGCAUGUGUUUUAUUGCUGCGAUUUUACUUUUAAAUAUGGAAGAACUUGAGGCAUUUGUUUGUCUUGUUAAUUUAAUGGAAUCUCCAUGCUUGAAUGCAUUUUAUACCGUAAACCAACGUUUGAUGACUUCUUAUUUUUCUACAUAUAAUGAUCUACUUAAACAUAAUUUGAAUAGACUCAAUACACAUUUUAAUCUCAUCGGUCUAACUUCUGAAAUGUACUUGGUUGAUUGGAUAUAUUCAGUUUUUACAAAAUCAAUGAACUUAGAAUUGGCAUCUAUUAUUUGGGAUAAUUUUUUAAGAGAUAAAGAUCAAUUUUUAUUUCGAGCUGCAUUAGGUAUUUUAYACAGUAAUGAGUCACAAUUGAUGCAAAUGGAUUCUAUUACGUGUGCACAAUAUUUAACAAAGUUACCAGAAAGUUUUACAUCAAACGCUUUAUUGAAAUCAACUACAGCUAUUCGUAUGUCCAUUGGGAAACAAUCAUUUAACUCCUUACUUAUUUUCAACCAAACAAAAUGUACCCAAAACUCUUUGAUGUAAUAGUUUUGAUAUAUUUAUUGAUGUUAUUGCUCAUUUAUAAUAAGAAAUAAUUUUGUAUAUAACUAUUUAAUUGUUACACUAAUGACAUAAUAUCUUAACUUUUAAAAAUAGUUCUUUAAGUGUAAAUUUUUUAAUUGUAUUCAUCCCAUUAAUAAUUUAGUGCAUAAAUAAUGCAAGAUAUUAAUGGAUGACAAUAGUAGUGGUGUGAAAUAAAUCUGGUUUCUCCGAAAAUCCGGAUUUCGGAUUUUAAAAUCCAAAUUUCAAAUUUUUGUAUUUGAAAAUUCGAAUAUUUGGGUGUCACAUUGUGGAUUUCUGUAUUCUAAAUCAGAAAAUUAAAUUUUUCGUUAUAAAUUCUAAUAUAAAUAAACGAACAUUUUCCAUUUAAAAAAA